UACGUGUUUAUACCUAUUCACUACAGCUAAAUACAACUUCGAGAUAGCGACAACGUCUUACUUCUGUGUCCACACGAGAUCACACACGUUUGUACUGGUGAUCUAAAGUAUUUUUUAAAGAUUAACAUUUUAAAGGAUCUGAAAGCAGUAUGAUAGUGAUGUUAUUGAGUGUGGUGUAUUGCCUGCUAGCAGCCCGCGUGUCGGCUGCACCCGCUAGCCCCAACGCACCGGCCAGCCCCAACACACCUGCCUUCAGUAUAGGCAACAUAGACCACGAUCUCUUAUCCCAGUCCACGCUUCUUCACACCGCGAACCACGACGUCACGUACCUCGCGGUUCUAUUCGGAGAAGAUAACGGAAUAGAAAACAAAGUUGUCUUCUACAUAGAGUCCGAGAUCGACAAACAUGGAGACAGAAUCGACCACGGCUUAUACGCGCUGACUAAAGACCCUCAACGUUCUAACUUAACGGUUUCAACUAAGCUAUUGGAUAACCCUAGGGACAUCGCUAUAGCCUCCUUAAAAGAAGCCGCGUAUUUUGCCGCUAAAGACGGCAUAUACGUUUACAAUAGGAAGAAAAACUCAGCAGAAAAAUUCGGAUCCGCCAAUGACGAAGUUACUUCGAUUGCAGCUGAAAAUUCCACUGGCGUGUUGUACUAUGUGAACAAGCAACAUCAGCUCUACAAGAUGACGGAAAGAGGACAGAAAUCUACUAUCGUCGACGAGGUUAAAAACGCGGAGCAGAUUUCGGUCGAUUAUAAGGGACAUCUUUAUUAUUACACAGUUGACAAAAAGUUCUACGUGUACGACGGACAAAACGUGAAACUAGUUGAAGGCAUCCCUAGUAAUGGAAAGAAAAUAUCGUUCUUGAGGACUCCUAUGUUGGUGGGAGACUCAGGUAUAGUGAACGUUGACGGCGAAUACUAUACUAUAAACGGAGCGGACGCAUCUGCGCAUGCACCGAGAGCCGGUAGCAGCUCCUCGGUCACAAGCGCAGUGUCAAUGGAAACUGGUCUUGUCAUGUAUUUUGCCGCAGAUAGAAAGAUCUAUGAGCUAAACCUUAUAGAAAAAGUAGUUCAAGGCGUGCUGGAAGGACUGACUAGGGGACUUAAAAGAUUCGUGGAGAAGAUGCGAAAUUCGUUUAAUUCACUAGACUUUUGACAGCUUAAUUUUUAUUUGUUUUCUAUUCUUCUGAAAUACGAGUAUGUGACCUGAAAGUUUUACCGUGUUUACUUUUUUAUAAAUGUACCUAUUAUGUAACUUACACGGUCAGGUUUUAUUGCAUUUUAUUCACUGAGGUUACUAACUUACGUAAUAGAAAAAAAAAGUGAUGGUCUCAUCGGAAGAUCAGCGAUGGAAGUCACCAGCAAAACGCUGAAAUGAGACCAUUUCGUGUUCCUUCAUUCCUUUCUUUUUUUGUAAUGUUUAUAAUUAGUCUUGCCUGUGUUCACGAAUAAAUAUAUAUUAUAUUCUAA